UGAUACCUUAGCUACGAACCAAACACUCUCAGAUGACAGCGGAACAACACUUGUCUCCGCUAGUCAAACGUUUGUCCUAGGAUUCUUCAGUCCGGGGACCUCAAGAUACCGAUACCUCGGAAUUUGGUUCGGAAAUGUGCCGGAACAGACAGUGGUCUGGGUUGCCAACAACAAUAAUCCAAUUCCGGAUUUGUCCGGUGUCCUCAGUCUCACACUCAUGGGAGACUUAAUCAUCAGCAAUAAGAACCAAGCAAAUUUAGUUUGGAGGUCAAAUUCAUCCUCUCCAGGAAUAAAGAAUCCUGUCCUGCAACUCCUGGACAAUGGUAACCUGGUCGUGAAGAACGGGGAUAGCUUCGUUUGGCAAAGCUUCGACUAUCCAGGCAAUACACUGCUCGCAGGGAUGAAGCUUGGGUGGAACCUGAAAACAAAAACAGAAUGGUAUAUAAAAUCAUGGAGAAACGAAAACGACCCCUCCAUGGAUGGUUUCAGUUCCACAUAUCGACUGGACAUUCUUGGACUUCCUACGCUAGAGCUUCGCAAGGGUUCAACAGUGGAGUUCAGAAGUGGAACAUGGGAUGGCAGUAAGUUCGGUAGAUAUUCUUUGGCUGAUGCGUACAUGGGUGUUUUUAAGGCAACUUUUGUUUAUAAUGACGAAACCGCGUAUUACAUGUUCCAAUGUCUUGAAAGUUCAACUAUUUCAAGGCUAGUGGUGAACCAGACAGGGCUGUUAACGUUUUACAUAUGGAACAACAAAAAGAACGGGUGGUUCAAUGCAGAGGUUAUACAAGGUGACCAAUGUGACACAUAUGGAACCUGCGGUUUUAACAGCAUAUGCAAUGCUAACAGGCUGUCUCCGUGUGAUUGUCUGGAUGGGUUUCAGCCGGUAUCGCCUCUCGAGUGGGAAUCGCUUCAGUGGUCGAGCGGUUGUGUUCGGGGGAAGCCAUUGAAUUGUAGUGAUGAAGGGUUCAGGAAGUUGUCAGGGAUAAAGUUGCCUGACAAUUCUAGGUUGUUAGGGAACAGGACAUCAAUGAGGAGUUCAACAGAUUGUGAAAAGGAAUGCUUAGGUAAUUGUUCUUGUUCAGCCUAUGCUUGGGCUGAAAGUGUUGGAUGUGCUGUGUGGUAUGGUGACCUAAAAGACAUGAAAUGGUAUUAUAAUGAAGGACAGGAGCUAUAUGUUCGAAUGCCUGCCUCUGAACUUAUUGGAUACAGCAAAAAGGGUAGACAUCAAAGGGCUUUAAUGUCAUCAUUAGUAUCAAUAAUCAUAGGGCUUGUCUUCCUGGCCAUAACUACCUGGUAUUGCUUUCAUGCAAUGGCUGCUAGAAGGAAAAGAAGAGUGAUAGGAAACGAAGAAAGUCUUGAAUUGCUAGGGGAUUCAAUAGAGCUACCAAUGAUUGGUUUCGAUGAACUAGUGGCCGCUACCAACAAUUUCAGUGAUGAUAACAAGCUUGGUGCAGGAGGAUUUGGUCCCGUUUACAAGGGGAUAUUAACAGAUGGACAGGAAAUAGCGGUAAAAAGGCUGUAUAGUUUUUCAGGACAAGGCACCGAGGAGUUCAAGAAUGAAAUCUUGCUCAUCUCAAAACUCCAGCAUAGGAAUCUUGUUCGGCUAUUAGGCUGCAGCAUUCAUGGGGAAGAGAAGUUACUGAUCUAUGAGCAUAUGAAAAAUAAAAGCUUGGAUACUUUGCUCUUUGAUCCAACGAAAAAAGUACACCUUGAUUGGGCAAAGCGCUUCAACAUAAUACAGGGUAUAGCCAGAGGACUUGUUUAUCUCCACCGCGAUUCCUGUUUGAGGAUUAUUCACCGGGAUCUCAAGGCUAGCAACGUUUUGUUGGAUGAAAACAUGAAUCCAAAAAUCUCAGACUUCGGGUUAGCAAGAGCUUUCAGGGUGACAGAAGAACUAGCAAAUACUCAUAGGGUUGUGGGAACCUUUGGCUAUAUGUCACCUGAAUACGUCAUGAGAGGACGGUUUUCUGAGAAGUCGGAUGUUUAUAGCUUUGGAGUAUUACUGUUAGAGGUUGUCAGUGGUAGGAGAAACUGUGAAAUCCAUAACAAUGAAGAUAACUACUUCAGCCUUCUCAAUCAUGCAUGGCAAUUAUGGAUCGAAAGCAGGGAAGUUGAUCUGAUAGACGAAUCAAUUUCCAACUCAUGUUCAUUUACAGAAGCACUACGGUGCAUAAGGAUAGGACUGCUUUGUGUGCAGGACCAUGCAUCAGACAGGCCUACAAUGUCAAAUGUAGUGCUGAUGCUGUGCAGUGAAACAGAGAUUCCUCAGCCAAAACAACCCACUUUCACAUUCCAAAGGUUGUUGGAUUCUGAUCCCAGGUCACACAGCUCCAGAAAUGAAAUCACUGUUUCCAUGACUGAAGGCAGAUAGAUGUGAGAGCCAAAAUUCAAGUUUGUGUAUGUUUACUGUUAUAACACAAGUUUAAUUAAG